AUGCCCGGAUCGCUAAGCAAUGAAGAAGAGGGGCAAGACGAUAUGGACUUUGAGGACGAGAUGCCAGAUGAGAAUGAGGAAGAUGAGCGUGAGAGGAAUGUCCCUCUGUCGCCGCUAGAGAGAUUCUUCUCUGGGGAUGACUCGGUUAAACAGCAUAAGAAAAAGAAGAAGCCCAGCAAGAUAGCAGAGGGCAAAGAGCCAAAAGUGAAGAAAAAGAAGAAGAAGGAGGGGCUUCUUACAGAGCUGGAUGACAUGUCAGAUAGAGAAGAUCGCGGUCACAGGUCAGGGAGUGAGAGCAGCACCUACAGCUCCCUGAAGAAGAAGAAGAAAACUCCCAAAGAGAAGAAGGAAAAGAAACCAAAACAGCGAAAGAAAGACGAAGAUGAGGAUGAGGAUGAUGACGAUGAUGGAAACAUGAAGGAACCAAAGUCAUCGAGUCAGCUGAUGCAAGAGUGGGGUCUGGAGGAUGUACAGUAUGCCUUCUCAGAGGAUGACUAUAAAACUAUCACCAACUACAAAGCCUUCAGCCAAUUUCUUAGGCCUCUUAUUGCCAAGAAGAACCCCAAGAUCCCCAUGUCAAAAAUGAUGACGGUGCUUGGGGCGAAAUGGAGAGAGUUCAGCGCAAACAACCCGUUCAAAGGAACCUCUGCAACCGCUGUGGCAGCAGCUGUGGCUGCUGCCGUGGAGAUGGUUAAUGUGGCUCCGCCCAUCUGCAUUAGAAGUAUCCAACAGAUCUCAUCAUCUGGGCCAAUCAAAAAAGCCAAAACCAAAGAGGGAAAGGGGCCCGGUGCUAAAAAAAAGAGUAAACCAGUAAAGGAAACAAAAAAGAAAGGGAAACCGAAGAAGUCCAAAUCGAAAGCAGGCCAGGGUGGGAAAAAGAAAAAAGGAUCUUCGAGUGAGGAGGAUUUUCUGGAUGAUUUCUCAGACUUUGAUGACAUCAGUAUUCACAGUUCCUCUGUACGCUCAGACACAUCAGCGGCACCCAAAAAGAAGACGGGCCGUCAAGGACGAAAAAAAAGAAAAAGAGAAGAUGGAGAUGGCUACGAGACAGACCAUCAAGACUACUGUGAGGUUUGUCAACAGGGAGGAGAGAUCAUUCUGUGUGACACCUGUCCCAGGGCAUAUCACCUUGUGUGCCUGGAUCCAGAACUGGAAAAAGCCCCAGAGGGCAAAUGGAGCUGCCCGCACUGUGAAAAAGAAGGCAUUCAGUGGGAGGCCAAAGAUGAUGAUGAGGAAGAAGAUGAGGUCGUUGGGGAAGAGGAAGAUGACCACAUGGAGUUCUGCAGACUGUGUAAGGAUGGAGGAGAGCUGUUGUGCUGUGACACCUGUCCUUCCUCCUAUCACAUCCACUGCCUCAACCCACCACUGCCUGAGAUCCCCAACGGAGAGUGGCUGUGUCCACGAUGCAUGUGCCCACCACUAAAAGGGAAAGUCCAGAAGAUUCUUCACUGGUCUUGGGGAGAUCCCCCCUUGCCUCCUGAUGUUCCUCUUGGGCUGGAUGGAGAGAAGUUAGACGGUCUGGCCAAAACUCCACUGAAGGGCCGUCCAGAGAGGCAGCUGUUUGUGAAAUGGGCUGGCCUGUCCUACUGGCACUGCUCCUGGGUCAGCGAACUACAGUUGGAGCUCUACCACACGGUAAUGUACCGUAACUACCAGCGUAAGAACGACAUGGACGAACCCCCUCCGUAUGACUAUGGAUCUGGGGAGGAGGAGCUUAACAAUGAGAAGAGGAGGAGCAAAGACCCUCAGUACGCAGCCAUGGAGGAGCGAUUCUACCGUUAUGGCAUCAAGCCAGAGUGGAUGAUCAUUCAUCGCAUUCUCAACCACAGUUUUGAUAAGGAUGGAGAUGUACACUUCCUGAUUAAGUGGAGAGAUUUGCCGUACGAUCAGUGUACGUGGGAGGCUGAUAACUUCGACGUUCCUGAUUAUGACAGAUUUAAACAAGCCUACUGGGACCACAGGGAGCAGGUGCUCGGUGAGAGCCCUCACCCCCUGCUGUUCAGAAAGGGAAAGAGACUCAAAGAGGAAGGGAAGAGGAGGGAACCUCCUCCAGACAAUCCGGUUGUGGAUCCCACCAUCAAGUUUGAACAGCAGCCCUGGUACAUUGAUGACACAGGGGGAACUUUGCACCCAUACCAGCUGGAAGGCUUGAACUGGUUGCGCUUCUCUUGGGCUCAAGGAACCGACACAAUCCUGGCUGAUGAAAUGGGGCUUGGCAAGACUGUGCAGACUAUAGUGUUCCUGUACUCACUCUACAAAGAGGGUCACUCCAAAGGGCCUUUUCUGGUCAGUGCACCGCUCUCCACCAUCAUUAACUGGGAGAGAGAGUUUGAAAUGUGGGCUCCGGAAUUCUAUGUGGUCACUUACACAGGAGACAAAGACAGCAGGGCUGUUAUACGUGAGAAUGAAUUUACCUUUGAGGACAGCGCCUUCAAAACAGGUCGCAAACUUUUCCGCAUGAAGAAGGACACACCAAUCAAGUUUCACGUCCUGCUGACAUCAUAUGAACUGAUCACUAUUGAUCAGGCCGUUCUUGGCUCUAUUACCUGGGCCUGUCUGGUUGUGGAUGAGGCCCACCGGCUGAAGAAUAAUCAAUCAAAGUUUUUUAGAAUACUGAAUGGCUACAAAAUCUACUAUAAGCUGCUCCUGACUGGAACCCCUUUGCAGAACAAUCUAGAAGAGCUUUUUCACCUGCUCAACUUUCUCACACCUGAGCGCUUCAAUAACCUGGAUGGUUUUCUGGAAGAGUUUGCAGACAUCUCAAAAGAGGACCAGAUUAAGAAACUGCACGACCUUCUAGGGCCGCACAUGCUCAGAAGACUGAAAGCCGAUGUCUUCAAGAACAUGCCAGCCAAAACCGAACUCAUAGUGCGAGUCGAACUCAGUCCCAUGCAGAAGAAGUACUACAAGUUCAUUUUAACGCGGAACUUUGAGGCGUUGAAUUCCAAGGGAGGAGGGAACCAGGUGUCGCUUCUCAACAUCAUGAUGGACUUGAAGAAAUGCUGCAACCAUCCCUACCUGUUUCCAGUGGCUGCAGUGGAAGCUCCAGUUUUACCCAACGGUUCAUAUGACGGUAACAUGCUGGUGAAAUCCUCAGGAAAACUUACCCUGCUUCAGAAGAUGCUCAAGAAUCUCAAAGACGAAGGCCACAGGGUUCUCAUCUUCUCUCAGAUGACAAAGAUGCUGGACCUGCUAGAGGACUUCCUGGAGUACGAGGGGUAUAAAUACGAGCGGAUUGAUGGUGGCAUCACUGGUGGGCUGCGACAAGAGGCAAUUGAUCGUUUUAACGCUCCUGGGGCUCAGCAGUUCUGUUUUCUGCUGUCUACACGCGCUGGAGGAUUGGGUAUCAACCUGGCAACCGCAGACACAGUGAUCAUAUAUGACUCCGACUGGAAUCCACACAAUGAUAUUCAGGCAUUCAGCAGGGCGCAUCGUAUCGGCCAGAAUAAGAAGGUGAUGAUCUAUCGUUUUGUGACGCGGGCAUCAGUAGAGGAGCGUAUCACUCAGGUGGCCAAGAGAAAGAUGAUGUUGACCCACCUGGUGGUGCGUCCCGGCUUGGGUUCUAAGACGGGUUCCAUGUCCAAACAAGAACUGGACGAUAUCCUCAAGUUUGGCACUGAGGAACUUUUUAAAAAUGAUGUGGAAGCUGCCAGAAAUAUGGGUGACUGUAAGGAUGGAGAGGAGGUAAAUGUUAUCCACUAUGACGAUAACGCCAUCUCCAAACUUCUGGACCGCAGUCAGGAUGCCACUGAAGACACAGAGAUACAGAACAUGAACGAGUAUCUAAGCUCCUUCAAGGUGGCUCAGUAUGUGGUAAGGGAGGAGGAUGGAGAGGAGGAGGUCCAGAGGGAGAUUAUUAAGCAGGAAGAGAAUGUUGAUCCAGACUACUGGGAGAAGCUCUUGAGACACCAUUAUGAGCAGCAGCAAGAGGAUCUGGCACGGAACCUGGGCAAAGGGAAACGCAUCCGCAAACAGGUCAACUACAAUGACGCCUCCCAGGAGGACCAAGAGUGGCAGGAUGAUCUUUCAGACAAUCAUUCUGAGUACUCUGUCGGCUCCGAGGACGAGGAUGAAGAUUUUGAGGAGCGUCCAGAAGGGGGGCGUAGACAGUCUCGCAGACAGAUGAAGAGCGAUCGGGACAAACCGCUGCCGCCACUGCUGGCCAGAGUCGGAGGAAACAUAGAGGUGCUAGGAUUUAACGCCCGCCAGCGAAAAGCCUUCCUGAAUGCGAUUAUGCGCUGGGGAAUGCCGCCACAAGAUGCCUUCAACUCUCAUUGGCUCGUCCGUGACCUAAGAGGAAAAAGCGAGAAGGAGUUCAGGGCUUAUGUGUCUCUGUUCAUGAGGCACCUGUGUGAGCCAGGGGCAGACGGAGCUGAAACUUUUGCAGAUGGGGUCCCGAGGGAAGGGCUGUCCCGCCAACAUGUUCUCACCCGGAUCGGUGUUAUGUCUCUGGUCCGGAAGAAGGUUCAGGAGUUUGAGCAUGUGAAUGGAAAGUUCAGCAUGCCAGAUUUGAUUCCCUUAGGCUUAGAUCUGAAAAAACUUACUGAAAGUGUCUCAUCGGACCCAAACACUCCUGUCCCAGCCAGUCCGGUUCCGACUCAACCCAGCACACCUGUGCCAUCAGAUAAAACUGAGUCAGUGUCCGGUCCUCAGGAAGACAAGGAGAUUACGAAACCAGAGAGCACCAAAACGUCCGAUUCUGAGCAGCCAGUUAUGCCAGAGCCCUCCCCUGCACCAGAGAAGACCAAUGAUAGUGAAGAGCCAAAGAGUGGCUGUGUAGAGGAGAAGCAACUGGAAGAAAGCGAGAAGAAUGUCACGCCACCUGUCCAACCAGAGCCAUCGUCCAAUCAAGCACAUCCACCCAUUAAUCCUAGUGAGCAGUCAGACAAUCAGACUCCCUCUGACUCUGGUAAAGUGAAAGACACUUCUCCGGAGAGAGGGAAAAUAAAUUCAGCCCAGUUAAAACAGACGACAAAGAGCAAAACCAUUCCUGAUGAUUUAAAAUCCGAAGAUCCCUCUGAGAGCCAAUUGAACGGAGAGAAAGACAUGAGGGACGACACAGGAGACGAGAGCCACAAAGAUGACAAGACCAGCGUCAAGACACGCUUCAUGUUCAACAUCGCAGAUGGAGGAUUUACAGAGUUACACACGCUCUGGCAGAACGAAGAGCGCACAGCUGUGUCAUCUGGAAAAAUGUACGACAUCUGGCACCGUCGCCAUGACUACUGGCUGCUGGCUGGCAUUGUAACACAUGGCUAUGCCCGCUGGCAGGACAUUCAGAAUGACCCACGUUAUGCCAUCCUCAAUGAGCCCUUUAAGACCGAAAUGCACAAAGGGAACUACUUAGAGAUGAAGAACAAAUUUCUUGCCAGGCGAUUUAAGCUCUUGGAACAGGCAUUGGUAAUUGAGGAGCAGCUACGGCGUGCAGCGUACCUGAACAUGACUCAGGACCCCAGUCACCCUGCUAUGGCCCUCAACACGCGUUUUGCUGAAGUGGAAUGCCUGGCUGAGUCCCAUCAACACCUCUCCAAAGAGUCACUGGCUGGUAAUAAACCAGCCAAUGCUGUGCUGCACAAAGUGUUGAACCAGCUGGAAGAGCUGUUAAGUGACAUGAAGGCCGACGUGACACGGUUACCAUCCAUGCUUUCGCGCGUCCCACCCGUAUCUUCCCGGCUGCAGAUGUCAGAGCGGGGUAUUCUCAGCAGGCUCACCAGCCGGGGCAACGAGCCGCCAUCUCAGCAGCCUUUCCCUCAGGGCUCGUUUGGCUGUUCUCAGAUGUAUAAUAGCAGUUUUGCCGGAGGGUUCCGUGGGCCUGGAGGCACCGCGAUGGUGAACUACAGCCAGAUGCCCCUGGGGCCAUAUGUUAGUGUGUCUUCAAAUGGACCUCUGCCUGCAACCAGCCACCUCGAGAAGAAGUCCAGUGACACUCUUAGAGAUGUGCCCAACACUGACCUGAAAUCAGGCAAACCCAGUGAUGUCAUAUGCAUCGAGGACUAGCUCGCACCCAUUCUGCCCUCUCUCUGUAAGAUACCUAUGGACAGAUCUAUGGAGACCUACUCCAAAAUGUCAAUAUUAAACAGCAGAUUGUGUCAAUUGAACAUUUGUCCUUAAGAAUCUGCUGUUUUAUAUGCCUGUAAUUUCAAUCUAGUAAGGUUAAGUUAUUUUUCUGUUGUUCUUUUUUAACCUCUAUAUUGCGAAAGUCUUGAUCAAUUAAAGAGAGACUGGAAAUUUUUGAAGAGGGCACUAAUAUUUUAACAGUCCUCUGGUCUUGAGUUUUUGUUUUACAUAAUGACUUAUUUUCGUGCCAUGGAGGACAUUUUCAUCUCUGCUAAU